ACAAAAUGGUGGCUUCCAUGGCAUGCCGAGGGCUAUUGAGAUGUACUUCGAGUCUGAAAUGGGCUGAACAACACACUGUCACCUACAUCCAGUUGCGAUAUAAACAGAAGAAAACCCAGCGAUACCGAGCUCCCCAUGAGUCCAAAAAGGAAUCAAACCAGGCCUGGGUAUCUAGGAAACAGUCCAUACAAAGUAAACCCAAGGACACCAGGGGUACAGACAGUCCAGCAUGGAGGACUAAAACCCCUACAGAUGAUGUAUGGAUUCGCCUGUAUUAUCCUAAACCCAAGCUCACGCUAGAAGAUGCCAUUAUCCGACAUAGGGAGUAUGCUGUACCAGAGAUUUUGGACAGUGAGGAUAGUCUGAUCUAUACAGACAUGAUGUUAGACAUGACUACUACCAAGAAGACAAAGUUCAUGAGUCAGUUGAGAGGUACAGCCCAUGUUCCACACCAGUUUGAAGACCAGCAAGAAAAAAGGUGCAUUGUAUUUUGUGAGAAAUCUGAAGAACAACAGAAAGCAUUAGAAAUGGGAGCUAUAGCAGCUGGUGGAACAGAAUUAAUACAAUCGGUGCAACAAGGGGACAUAACCCUGGAGGACUUUGAGUUUGUCUUGUGUACACCAGAUCUGCUAACUCACCUCAUCCCUAUCCGUGCUCUACUCAAGGACAGAUUCCCUGUUAUUCAGAAGGGCAACUUGUCGCCCAAUGUUGAAGAGAUGAUGUUACUGUUUGCCAGAGGUGUGUCUUACAAAUCACAGAGGAUUUCUGAGGCAGUUGCACAGGUCCAGAUUCCUUUUGGCCAGUUGAACAUGCCAUUAGAACAGCUUGUUGAAAAUUUCCAGGAGGUUGUCACAUCUGUGUCAUCCAAUAGGCCUGCAAAGCUAGGACCUAUGAUCUCAAAGGUCCAGAUUGUGAGCCCUCCGUCAGAAGAGCGCUUUACGCUGCAGUUGGCAGGCUAUGUGCCGGGUCAUGAUAAAAAGCCAGCUGUGAAGACAGAGGAAGCUGUGAGGGAGGAGAAGGAAAAGCUGGAGGACUCAGACUCCGACUUGAAUGAUGAGGCAGUCGCAUCGGCAGAAAGAUGACAGCAGUACAGCCCUCCUAACAAGUGCUUGGUGUGGUGUGAACGUAAGCCAGAACUAGCAUGUAGAAAAUCUACUCGGGCUCUGACACUGUAUGGAUGUUUAACAGUGAAGAUGUGUCCACAAAAAAUGUGGUUACAUUGUUUACAUAUGGAUUCAUUUGUCAUUCAUGUAACACCACGCUGGAGUAGUAUGAUAAUUAACAGAUUG